GACACCGCCACCUGGGUUCCCCUACCGACGCCAUGUCGACGCCAGGACCAUCUGACACCCAAACAUCUCAGAACCAGCCAGCGCAGUAUACAUAUUUUCAACCUCAAACCCAAUCCGAUGUCUUGCAGCAAUCGUCUUCGACGGCGACCACGUUAGCCACGUCAGGUUCCGGCACCACGGCAUCAUCAAGCACUGCUGGCCCAUCUACGCAAUACCAGACGCGUCAAGCUGCAGAGGAAGCCAGGAAAGACCGUACACUGGCCGAAUUUCUACUUAUGCUCGAUGAAUAUGAACCGUUGAUCCCAGCGGAGGUUACGGAUUACUACCUUCAAAGAGUAGGAUUUGAAUGUGACGAUGUACGGCUCAAACGACUUCUCGCACUAGCAGCACAGAAGUUUGUGUCGGACAUCGCCGCCGAUGCAUAUCAACACGCCCGUAUACGUACGAACGCUGCUGGUGGUCGUACCCGGGUGAACCCCACAGGUUCGGGAGCUGCCAAGGACAAAACAAGGACCACGCUCACUAUGGAUGAUCUGGGCGCGGCACUUGCCGAGUAUGGUAUCAAUGCAAAGAAACCAGAUUUUUAUCUUUGAUUUCCUGUACCUCCAUUUCAGUCUAAUUCACCUCGUGUAAUCUAUAUCUACAGUGCACGUAUGAUGUGAUAGAAUACGUCAUGGCUUCACAGCAGAGUUUCGUCCCGAAAAAUCAGGGAAGGUCGUGUCGAGUGAGGACCCAAAC